AUGAGGGCCACCAUUGUCGCUGCUGCCCUGGCUCAGGGCGCUGCUGCCGUCGCCGCCCCCAACGGACCCGGCAACGGAAACUGGGCCCCGGUAACGGCGCUGGCUUCGGUGGGUUCGGAUACGGCGGUGGAUGGGGCGGUUUCGGCCCUGGCGGUUUCGGCAACGGGGUUGCCCAGUGCGCUCUCCUGCUUCUCCUCUCACUUCGCAACUGCCACCCCUACCCCUCAAGCCUUCUGCACCGACGCCCCGCAAUUGAACGACUGCGUUAGCUCCGCCUGCACCACCGACUCGGCUGCCCUGGCAUCUUACACCUCCGUCUCCUCCUCCGUAUGUAACGCUUUCACCUCCUGCUCCAGCACGAGCACCUUCACCUACAGCGGCGGUUGGUGGGGCGGCGCCUCCAAGACGGACGCUGCCGUCACCAUCACCGGAUGCCCCGUUGACGGUUGGUGGGGCCCCGGCGGCGCGUGGGGCGGUAUGGGCCCCGGCUGGGCCUACAAGACCGAGACUGUCACCCUUACCCGCACCAUCAACGGCGUUGCCACCACGGGACCCGCCACCGUCGCCCAGGCCGUCUCGGGCAGCAGCACGCUGUUCACGACCUUCACUGGUGCGUUCGCCGCUCAGGAGACGAGUGGCUCUUCCGGUUCGGGCUCGCAGAACGCGGCUGCUGGCGGCGACUCCAACCGCGCUGUCAAGGUUGCUGGCGCCGCCUUGGGCGCGGUUGUUGCCGUUGUCGGACUGAUGUAA